AUAUCUAGGGUUAAUAUUUGGUCAUUACAGCUGCAAAACAUGGACCUAGGACAACAAGAUUACGGGAAUCUUGAAAAACGUCCUUCCAGUAAAUGACCCUUUAAAGAGUAAACAUGGAAUAUCCAGCGAACACAAAGAAAGCAAAAGAGACCAGAUGUGAAUGUCCUGACUGUGUACGUUUCCAUUCCCUUGAACCUAGCACUACAAAUACUGGCUCUGAAAUUCGUGAUCCUUACGAUCAAAUAGAUGAAACCCCUUUGCAAGUUCCUGAAGUUCAUGCUCAGGAUGAAACUGAUAGAAACAGACUCGGGGGAGCUUCUGCAGAUUUAUCUAUCAACCAACAAACAAAUUCUACGGAAAUUUCAACCUCUUCCAGAAAUCUUGAUCCCACAUCGGAACACGAGGACUGUACCUGUUACAGAUAUAAGAGGUCUGCUGCAAAAAGUCAGCCCAUUCCGACUAGAUCAGUCUGUUUAGAGAGCAGUAUAUUACGAACGAUGUCAUUUACAAUUCUCUACAGCAUUCCCAGGGGAUCCACUACUGUCAAUGCAGAAAAACCAAUUAUCUAUUUGACAUUUUCCGAUGAAAGUAAGAGACACACACGUGAAAUUAGGAAAUUGUGUGAAAAACUGAGGGAUUCACUUGAAUUUUCUGUGAAAUGUGAUAAAUACGAUGCGCUUAGAAAAGUAGGAGAACUGAAUAUUCAUGGUUGGAGAGACUUAAACUACGGAAAAGCUAAAUGGAUACUCUUCUGUAUUUCGCCUGGUUAUAGCAAAGCGCUAAGAGCAGGAGAGUACAACAGUCCAGUGGCUGAAAUAAAUGAACAAGAGCAAGGCAUUGUCUACAUUCAUAACAUUGCAAGGGCAGAGUUUCAGCAGAAUGGUAGCAAAAACUACCGUAUGAUACCGUUACUGUUUACAAAAACUAAAGCCUCUGUAUCUGAUAUUCCAUACUUUUUAAGUUCCUCGCCAUAUUUCAUGUUUCCUGAACAUAAAGAGGAUUUAUUUCGCUUAUUAAGAACCCAAAGACAACAUUGACAGUUAGUAGAACAAAUGUGUCUUACACAUCUUACACCAUUCUGAUUCAUGAACAACAUGUAUUUCAUAUUUCCAACUGAUUUUUAAUGUAUGUACAAUGAUAUUCAUAACAAAACAGUUCUUUAUUAGCUACAUAGAAAAAAAUCAAAA